AUGGUGUUCUCAACUUACCUUAAAUCUCUUUCCAAAAUACGUUAUAAACUAGAGAAAAGGAUGUUAGCAACAUGGACACCAAACCAAGAACUCAACAAAGUGAGGCUAAGGUAUGGUGCUGACAUGAAGAGAAAACUGACUUGGUAUGAUUUAGUAGCACUUGGAGUUAGAAGAAUGCUUGGUGUUGGAGUCUUUAUUACUACUGGCACCAUUGCUCGAAAAACCUCUGGCCCCUCUGUUUUAAUCUUAUAUAUAAUAGCUUUUAUAUCAUCCCUUCUUUCUUCCUUGUGUUAUACUGAGUUUUCUGUUGAUGUUUCUGUUGCUGGUGGCGCUUUCAGUUAUCUUCGAGUUACCUUUGGGGAAUAUGUGGGAUACUUUGCAGGAACAAAUAUAUUAAUGGAAUAUGUGUUAUCAAAUGUUGUUGUGUCAAGAAGUUUUACUGAGUAUUUGUCAUGUGCCUUUGGUAGAAAUGAUCCAAAUCCAUGGAGAGUUCAUGUACAUGGUUUAAUGCAAGGUUACAACAGCAAUGGAAUUCAUCAACAGGCCCAUUGA